AUGUGCGUAUUUCUCCGCAUCAGCAAGACUGCGAUCGUGUACGACUGGCUCAGAUUCCAGUUUCAUGAGACACGAUCGCAUCCGUAUCUCGACAACCUGAGACCGUUUGAUACUAUCGAGAACGUACAGGCCGAAGCUGACAAGCUUACGACAUCUGUUCGGGACACAUUGUCCAGCAUUCAAGGCUCGGGCCUGGUCAUCUCUGCCACUGGUGCCGCCAACGGUACCGCAGCCAAGUCCGAUACUCCAGUCGCCGAUGAACCCCUCAGCAUCGCUAUCGUCGCCGUGAUCCUCCGUUCUCGAGCACCUGUCGAAGCAGCAGAUGACGCCAGCGCAUCCAAGACGUCCGUCGAAGUCGAAGUCCUGCCAUUUCGCUAUGCUCCAGUACAGGUCGUGGCUAGUAAAAAGCAGCUCUACCUCACCGUCAUGAGAUCCGUCGUCGCACUUAGUCAGCGUCAGGCUGCCCAUGAUCGUACGGAAAAGACUACCGAUGACACCGAGGCGAAUGACAAACCAUCCACUUCAAGCCCACUAGCCAAAGUCGAUCCUAAGGAUAUCAGCCUUACCAAGAACAUGGUCGACAGCACGAAGGAGCAGCCUGAACUGGCAAAAUACUUCCCCGUCCUGUCCAGAACCAAUCUCGCCGAUAUCCCCUCCUUCAGAGCCGCUGUCAAAGCCUGGUGGGAUACCAUCGACGUUGUCCACAUCUACCUCAUGAACCCAAAGCUCAAGUUCGGUGACGUCGAUGCUGCCACUGGUAUCAAGGUCGAGGAGCUCGACUCCAGCUUCUUCUACUGCACAGAAAGCUACAACGGGAUAUUGGAGUGGGUCAACUCCCCGAUGGAAGGUAGUGGCAAGGGUUGGAAUGGUGGCCGUCCUGUAGUCAAGGUCGUGGUUGAGUUGAAAGAGGCUGAUCGCCUUUCCAUCCUCGACACGUCCUUUGCAGCCAAUCUGGCUGGAAAUCGUCACAUGUGGUUAAGAUCGAAUUAG